AUGUCCACCACCAACAGAGUCGUGCCAUCUGGAGUCCUGGAUGGUGAAACAAUGAUAUCAGGCCGCAAGGCAGAUGCCAUUACCCCCUGGACCUCCUGGACGUUGGCUGUUAGGAAAUACGAUGCCAAAGUCAUAAACAAUAUGGACCUGUGUUCUUGCUCAGACAAGGCCGGAGCAUACCUUGCGGAUACGUAUCCAAUCCUGUGUUUUGUCCCGGGCUACCUCAGUCAGCUGAAUGCAUGGCACAAGGAAGAACAUUCUCUCUAUAACAGGCAGUUGGAUGCAGUGCGAAGACGAAUGCAUGAGGGGACUGCAAGGCCAUCCUUUGCAAGUUUCACUUUAGAGCAUCAGAAACAGUACCAGCUCGAAGACAAGGACCUGGGAUACAUUGCAGGAGCAAUGUUUGUGGCUGGUUCUGAUAUGAUAUUUUAG